UUCUCUCUCUCUCCCACUCUGUUCUUCUGCAUCAUACGCCUCUCUCUAGUUUCUCUCUCUAAAUUCUGUUUUUGUGUUUGUUUUUGUUUUUUCUUUAAUUUAUUCUUCUCAUUUUCUCUAAUCUUUCCAGAAUUUUCAUACCCAAAUGCCUUUUAUCACUCUCUAUUGAUUCGAUUUGAACACCAGUAGAUUUUGGGCCACAAUUUCACUUCCUUCUUUUCUAAUUCGUUAGUUUCUAAUCGUUCUGAAUCCUUUUGAAGCUCUCGGGCUCUUGAUUCUCUUCGAGACGCUUCGUCUUGAUUGAAUACAGGGGCUGUAAGCUUCCUGAUUCCUCGUAAUUCCAAGUGGGGAUUGGUUUUUUUUUUUUGGUCUCUGUCUCUGAAUUUACCCAUUUGAUUUCGCGGUCCGUUGAAUCGACGAAGAUUCCAGAGCUUUGUUUUCUGAAUGUUGUGUUCGUCUAUGUCGAUUUCAACUGCGUAGAGCAAAGGGGAGUAAUAAAGGAAAUUUGGCUUGAAUCGUUGAAUGGGAUUUCGUUGUUAAUGAGAAUGAAUAGUUGUUGAGAUGGACAGUUCGGAGACCUAGAUUCUGUAAAUUCUGUGCUAUAAAGGAAGUGGGAAUAUUUUCGUUUUGGGAUUCUUUUUGUGGGACAAACCGAUUCUUUCAUCCAAGAGGCUGAUAAAAUGACACCCAUUUUGAGUUUUGUUGUGUCCAAAUGGCAAGCGUUGUCCACUUCUGAUCAUGCCUCUGUCGUUUCCAUUAACUUGUUUGUGGCACUUCUCUGUGCUUGUAUUGUGAUUGGUCAUCUUCUUGAAGAGACCCGGUGGAUGAAUGAGUCCAUCACUGCACUCUUGAUUGGCCUGUUUACUGGUGUCAUCAUUUUACUAGUCAGUGGUGGGAAAAGUUCGCAUCUAUUGCUCUUUAGCGAAGACACGUUCUUCAUUUAUCUUCUGCCACCGAUUAUAUUCAACGCUGGGUUUCAAGUGAAAAAGAAGCAGUUCUUUGUUAACUUUAUAACAAUUAUGCUGUUUGGCGCAAUUGGAACAUUAGUCUCUUGUUUCAUCAUCUCGUUAGGAGCUUUUCAGUUCUUUAAGAAAAUGGAUGUUGGAUCACUGGAUAUUGCUGAUAUUUUAGCAAUUGGAGCUAUAUUUGCCGCAACAGAUUCUGUUUGCACAUUGCAGAUAUUAAACCAGGAUGAAACCCCUCUACUUUACAGUCUAGUAUUUGGGGAGGGUGUAGUGAAUGAUGCCACGUCUGUGGUACUUUUCAAUGCAAUUCAGAGCUUAGAUAUCAGUAACGUUGAUGCAAGAGUUGCUUUACAUUUUAUUGGGAGCUUCUUUUAUUUAUUUUCAACGAGCACUUUACUCGGAGUAUUUGUUGGCCUGCUGAGUGCUUAUGUGAUCAAAAAGUUAUAUUUUGGCAGGCACUCGACAGAUCGAGAGGUUGCUCUUAUGAUACUCAUGGCAUAUCUUUCAUAUAUGCUGGCUGAAUUAUUAGAUUUGAGUGGCAUUCUCACAGUGUUCUUUUGUGGAAUUGUUAUGUCACAUUAUACCUGGCAUAACGUGACUGAGAGCUCAAGAGUUACCACCAAGCAUGCUUUUGCUACCUUAUCCUUCAUUUCUGAGACGUUUAUCUUCGUUUAUGUCGGCAUGGAUGCAUUGGACAUUGAGAAGUGGAGCUUUGUUAGUGAUAGUCCGGGGACAUCAGUCGCUGUGAGCGCAAUAUUACUGGGCCUAGUUAUGGUUGGAAGAGCUGCUUUUGUUUUUCCAUUAUCAUUUUUAUCAAACUUAGCUAAAAAAUCGUCAGGCGAGAAAAUUACCUUCAGGGAACAAGUUAUCAUCUGGUGGGCUGGUCUCAUGAGAGGAGCUGUCUCUAUUGCUCUAGCUUAUCAUCAGUUCACCAGAGCUGGGCACACUCAACUACGAGGGAAUGCAAUGAUGAUCACUAGUACCAUAACCGUUGUCCUCUUCAGCACGAUGGUGUUUGGAUUAUUGACCAAGCCUCUUAUUAACUGUUUGAUACCUCACCCAAAGCACACCACCAGCAUGAUAUCGGACCCUGCCACUCCAAAAUCAUUGUCGGUUCCACUACUUGGAAGCGCACAGGAGUCUGAGCUGGAUCUUGCCAUUAAUCGUCCAAGCAGUAUACGUGCACUCCUUGCAACUCCUACGCACACUGUUCAUCGCUACUGGCGAAAAUUCGAUGAUGCCUUCAUGCGUCCAAUGUUCGGGGGCCGGGGUUUUGUUCCCUUUGUUCCAGGAUCGCCAACCGAAAGGGGUGGACACUGAGAACAAACCCCCCUCGGGAUGCUCCAAACAAUGUAAGAUAUGUAAAUCAAGAUGGAUAAAAAUUACUUCGCUGUGUCAAGUUUUCGAGGAGCAGAUAAGAGUAGGCAGGGUGUGAGUUUCGCAUGUUUGCUGGGAGUGGCGAGGAGCGGAGCAGUCGAGAAUGUGUUGAUUCUCUCUUGCCUUCUGUUUGCUGCCCUCUUAUUUUUGGUACAAAUCAUUAUGGUUUGUUUUUUGUUUUUGGUUGAGUUUUUUUCUGGUAAUGAAAACAUAGUGCAGGACAGUAUGGAAGUGGGUUAAAUUUUUGUAAUUCUCAUUCUUUUUUAGAAAAGAAAAAUGUGUGAAGUUGGUUAUGGAGUUGCCCUUCGUAGCCCUCUUCUGACUUUUUUUCUUUUUAGGGUUUAAUUAUGUAUUGAUUGUAUAUGAUUUGAAUCUCCAUCAUCUAUUUCUUUUCCCUAUUA